AUCCGAAUCCUUUAUUAUCGUACUAAUAUUCCUUUCAUAUUUUGAAACGGAACAAAUUCUUUCAUUAUUGUAAUGGUGACAAAUAUUCCAAAGAUCCCUUAUUCCGUAAAAACGCGAUAGAGAUUUUUUUUAAUUCUUUUAAAUCAGAAAAUUGCAAAAUUUCAUAAAUACUUUAAACAUUCAAAACAUGUCAUUUAAUUUAAAAAGAAAUUAUAUUAAUUAAAUAUUAAACAUUUUUAUUUAAAGAUAAUCUAUUUCUUUAGAAAUUUUAACUUUAAAACUUUAAUCAAUUAUUAUAUAAAUGAACUUAAGAAUCAAUGACGCGGAUUAAUUUAUUUCAAAUUCUAUUAAUAUACCAGAAAAAUAAAAAUUUUUGAGUAGAUAGACAUGAAAUAAAAUUUGUAAAUUCAGAAUAUUCUUUCUUACCGAAGUUAUUAAAAAAGAAAAAAAAAGGAAACAACCAUUUAAUUAAAGCCAACAACAUCUCGUCCUCAAUUUCCAAUCGCUUUCACAACUUUUCUUACCACAAAGGAGAUAUCCGCCAAUCGUAAAAUUUGUAUCUUAAUAACCAAGAUCCAAAAUAAUUCGCCAUUCAGUUUUCAUCCCGGUCAGUUCGAAACGAUAUCAUAAAAACCACUACGGAAUAAUUAUUAUCUACGAUAUUAACACUUGUGUGCACGCGCUGGCAGGAUACCGUAACGGCCUCGUCAAAUGCAUCGCUACCGAGCGUUUCAUGGUCGCAAUACGCCUACGACGAUUCCAAGUCGUACCCUUUAUCUUAAUUCCUCCCAGAAAUUCUCAUCCUUAUCUCCUCGGCGCAAUGACAUUCGUUAACCGAUGGCCACUCACUCUCCGCGCGCCGAUCGUUCAGGAAUUUACGUUAUUAUUAUUGCCCCGUAAAAACAAAGUGAGAGGAAAAAAGCGUUUCCCAACGGCGAAUUGCUCGUUCGCUCGCUCGCGCGCGGCCACACUUUACGCGCGCCGUAUCGUUCUCCCGCGAUUUACAAGCCUUAAUGGUAGAGUUAUCGUUGUCGUCGUUAAACGUAAAAUUUUAUACCAAGUUCUUUUCCCCGCGGCGUGCGUCCGAUUCUCGAUAAAAACGAUCGUAAACGAAACCCUCUCCUCCGUUAAAUCCGAUAAUUCAACUCGACUGGAUCUCGUCAGUGUCGCCGCGCGAAUUUCUUACUUCAACCGAAUCACCUCUUCGCGAGACGAGGCCUAUAUAGAUAGCCACAACGUAUAUCCUUCGAAAAACAUCGAACGAGUUUUGUAUCCACUCCGCCGAAGAUCGGGAAUCGAGGAAUCGGAAACGACUAAAAAUCCUCCUCCAGUGUCGCCACGAUGCCCUCUCUCCUAGGUAACGGCGGAAUCCACGACUAUGACGAAAAUUUCGGGGUUCGAUGGGGUUGCGGAGGAAUGGCCGAGCAGGACACGGUAUCCAUGGGCACGAAAUAAAACGAGUCGAAGAUCUGCAUAAUUCAUGGGGGGAAAAAGGGAUCGCUGUUUUGGGGUUAGCCGCCGCCGCCGCCGCCGCCGCGGCGUUCGUCCUUCAGCGUGGCGUUUGUAACGUAUAGGUAGAGCGGUUCGUGCGGAUCGAUCGAGUCGGUUCACCGCGACAGGCCACGCCUGCGCGGUUCACGGGGCGCGCGAUUCGUGGAACCGCGCGGCACGGAGGCGUGGCCUGUCCGAGGGGGCGGAGCUAGGCAACCGCACGCCUUCGUGCGGUUCAAAGAGCGGAGGCGCGGAGGAGGUGAACGACAGCGCAGUCGACUAUCUGCUCUGGGACGGAGUCGCUCGUACACCUUUACCUCCCGCUUCUCGCUCGUGUCUCCGUGACCGGCGAAGCAACGGCGCGAGGAACGAACUUUUUUCGACGACCGCUUCCUCAUUCUCGAUCCGUUUUUCCAUCGAGUAGCUCGAUUCGGAGCUUAGAAUCCAGGGAGAAGGGAGAGAGAAACAGAUGGAAGAACGAGGACGAGGAACGACUGGUCCAACAUCGUAAGAAGAUUGGUCGAUCGGGAGGCGUGGAGGCAGAAUGCGGUGAUCGAGAGUAAUAAACGUGAUAAAGAAGCCUUCGAAAGGCUUCAGGCCGCGACAACCAUGCUGUUGCCGGCCGAUAUGCUUGCGGCUCAAUCCAAGAUGGUGUACCAGAUCAACAAGUAUUUCGGGGAGCGUGUGAUGACCAGGAAGAGCCAGGUGAUGAAGACGAUCCAAGAGGUGUGUCGCGUGGUUCAGGACGUGUUGAAGGAAGUCGAGGUGCAGGAGCCAAGGUUCAUCUCCUCAUUGACCGAUUACAACGGCCGUUUCGACGGUCUCGACGUGAUCUCGCCGACGGAGUUCGAAAUCGUGAUUUACCUUAAUCAAAUGGGGGUCCUGAAUUUCGUGGACGACGGAACGUUGCCCGGAUGCGCGGUGCUAAAGCUUAGCGACGGACGAAAGAGAUCCAUGUCUCUUUGGGUGGAGUUCAUCACCGCGUCCGGUUAUCUGUCCGCCCGGAAAAUUCGCUCGCGAUUUCAAACGUUGGUGGCACAGGCCUGCGACAAGUGUGCCUAUAGGGACUCCGUGAAGAUGAUAGCGGACACGACAGAAGUGAAACUCCGAAUUAGGGAGAGAUACGUGGUACAAAUAACGCCGGCGUUCAAGUGCGCCGGCCUCUGGCCCAGAUCGGCUUCCCACUGGCCCAUCGCGCACAUACCUUGGCCGCAUCCUAAUAUCGUGGCCGAGGUGAAAACGGAGGGUUUCGACAUGUUGUCGAAGGAGUGUAUCGGUUUGCAGGGCAAACAAUCGGCGAUGGAGGGCGACGCCUGGGCGUUAUCCUUCAUAGACGCCGAGAACCGUUUGCUUCAGGGUGGUAGCAGGAAACGUUGCCUGAGCAUUUUGAAAACUCUCAGGGACAGACACCUCGAUCUACCCGGAAAUCCUGUGACCAGCUAUCACAUGAAAACCUUGUUGCUGUACGAAUGCGAGAAACACCCGCACGAAGCGGAAUGGGACGAAACGUGCAUCGCGGACCGUAUUAACGGGAUCCUUUUGCAAUUGAUCUCUUGCCUGCAGUGCCGCAGGUGUCCGCACUAUUUCUUGCCGAACCUGGAUCUGUUUAAGGGCAAGUCGCCUAGCGGUUUGGAGAACGCGGCUAAGCAAGUGUGGAGACUCACCAGAGAGUUGUUGACCAACAGUCGUGCUCUCGAAAAGCUAUAGUGUAGAAGAAAUUUCUGAUCUGUGAGAGAGUAGUAUCGAGAGUAUGAGAAAGAAAUCUCUUCCGUGUUUGUGUUUGAAGAAGAAGUUACGGAUACUCUGAAAUCGGAGGCCUACUUCUGGAAGAGAAUCUUCGAGCAAGCUGCUCGAUCAUGAUUAACGCGUUCGUCGAAGAAUCUCGUUUCGAAGCCGCGCAGUGUGUGCCCGCGAGGGGAAUAAUCGCGCGUGUGUGAUUUUGUGGAGGACGCCGAGGACGAUCGAACCAGUGCCAUAAAUACGCCGACGUUGACAGUCUCUGUUUCAGUUUCGAAUCGCCGACGGCAAUCGGAUCACGAUACUUAAUUCUUAACCGGUGUUACUCGAUUUCGUCACUACGUUAUAUACUGGUCCCAAUUAAGAGACAACGAUAGAGAUAUUAUAUCGAUACGAUUGUGAUUGUUAUACGAUAAAGAAAUUCGCGAUCGAGAUGAAUAUUGUGUGAACACGAGAUAUAAGUACGAUAAAUAGUUUGGAGAAGUAUGGACGAGAAUGAGUGAAGAACCGCGUUUUAGACUCAUCGGUUGUGGGUUAUGCUUGAUUCAUCCUGUCUCCCUCUGUCAUUAUGUACAUACUACUUGCAAAGAUAUUUAUUGAAAGUGUACACGAGAUAUGUGAAAUACAAUGCUAUUUAUAUGGAA